AUGAACUCAUCGGCCGGCGAGGACCGGCGCAAGCAUUCACGUCUUCCGGAUAUCUCACUCCCCAAGUUCUCUGGGGAGUAUGCCGCAUGGCCUGCUUUUCGGAAUCUCUUCACGAGCCUGAUCCUCUCCAAUCAGAAGCUCACGGACGUGGAGAGGUUGCAUUACCUUCGUUCGUCGCUGGAAGGCGCGCCAGCGCAGUUAGUCUCAGGGCUCUCAAUGACCGGCGACUCACUCGUACCUUCCUGGGAGCUGCUCAAAGACAGGUAUGAGAAUAAACGUCUGCUCAUUCACUCAUGUCUUGACAAGCUCUUCGCCAGCUCAACACCAGUUCCGAGGAAGGCGGCAGCACUUGACAAGUUCAUCACCGGUGUCAAGGAAGCGCUCAAGGCACUCGAGGCCCUCGGAGCUAAGGAGGAACUGGGGGACUGUGCAGUGGUGUACCACGUCACGUGA